AAUGCUGUAUAUAUAUAUUGUGGAUCGAUCGUUACCGUACACUACGACGAGCGCUAAAAUUUAUCUAGAGGUCUAUAUUUCAUCCUAAGAUUCUCCGUUUUUGAUGAAAAUCACUUCAUAGAACCAAGAUGACGGUUUACAGUGUAUAUAUUAUCAACAGAGCAGGUGGUUUGAUAUACCAACUAGAUCACGCAAACCCCAAAACAGAAGUGGAAAAGACGUUCAGCUACCCGCUUGAAUUAACGCUGAAGAUCAUGGAUGAACGAGUGGUGGUUGCAUUCGGUCAAAGGGACGGGAUACACGUUGGACACACUGUGCUUGGCGUGAAUGGAGAGCAGGUCAAAGGUCGUCAGCUGGAGGACGGCCGUGAAGUUCUUGAAGUGAUAGCCAAUCAGGAGAACUAUCCGAUAGCGAUCAGGUUUGGACGACCGAAGCUCUCGACCAAUGAAAGGAUCAUGUUGGCUAGUAUGUUCCACUCGUUGUAUGCCAUUGGAAGUCAACUAUCCCCAGAGCAGAGGUCAUCAGGUAUUCAGCUUCUAGAGACAGAUGCUUUCAAACUAUAUUGCUAUCAGACACUAUCAGGUAUCAAGUUAAUAGUACUCUCUGACCCACGUCAGACCAGCAUGGAAGGAUUAUUAAAGAAGAUCUAUGAACUCUACGCAGACUAUGCUCUCAAGAAUCCAUUCUACUCCAUAGACAUGCCAGUCAGAUGUGAGCUUUUUGAUUUGAACCUCCAAGCCACCUUAGAUGCUGCGGAGAGAUCAACAUUCUAUGCUGCGGGCUCAUGAUGAACCAUUCUGACGACUGAGAAGAUAUGAAUGAAGACAUUUAAUGACUUUAAAAGUUCUUUGAGCAUCAGCUUCCAUGUGGAAUCUGACUCCAAUCUAGUGAUUACACAGUAACAGGUGUUGUCUAUCGCCCAAAGUGGAAUCCAGCCGAUGACCGAUAGCUAUUGUGUAAUGCUAUAUAUAUUCAACCCUGGUGUUGUCAUUCACACAGAAUGGAAUCAAGUUGAUGACCCAUAGCUACUGUGUAAUGUUAUGUAUGUUCAACCCUGGUGUUGUCAAUCACACAGAAUGGAAUCAAGUUGAUGACCAAUAGCUACUGUGUAAUGUUAUGUAUGUUCAACCCUGGUGUUGUCAAUCACACAGAAUGGAAUCAUGUUGAUGACCAAUAGCAAUUGUGUAAUGCUGUGUAUAUUCAACCCUGGGCUCCGUAACACAAAGGUUUGCAAUCACUAAAUACCAAUGACCAAUCAAGAUCAUUGUUGCAUGCGCACUUUGUUUACAAGACUGACUGGGAGCCAAUCAGUGCAGCUCUUUCAUAUUUGCGAUUCAUUGCAAACCUUUGUGUUACGGAGCCCCGGUGUUGUACAUCGCACAGAAUGGAAUCAAGUUGAUGACCAAUAGCUACUGUGUAAUGUUGUGUAUAUUCAACCCUGGUGUUGUCAAUCGCACAGAAUGGAAUCAAGUUGAUGACCAAUAGCUACUGUGAAAUGUUAUGUAUGUUCAACCCGGGUCUUGUACAUCGCACAGAAUGGAAUCAUGUUGAUGACCAAUAGCUACUGUGUAAUGUUAUGUAUGUUCAACCCUGGUGUUGUCAAUCACACAGAAUGGAAUCAAGUUGAUGACCGAUAGCUACUGUGAAAUGUUAUGUAUGUUCAACCCUGGUGUUGUCAAUCACACAGAAUGGAAUCAAGUUGAUGACCAAUAGCUACUGUGUAAUGUUAUGUAUGUUCAACCCUGGUGUUGUCAAUCACACAGAAUGGAAUCAAGUUGAUGACCAAUAGCUACUGUGUAAUGUUAUGUAUGUUCAACCCUGGUGUUGUCAAUCACACAGAAUGGAAUCAAGUUGAUGACCAAUAGCUACUGUGUAAUGUUAUGUAUGUUCAACCCUGGUCUUGUACAUCACACAGAAUGGAAUCAUGUUGAUGACCAAUAGCUACUGUGUAAUGUUAUGUAUGUUCAACCUGGGUCUUGUACAUCGCACAGAAUGGAAUCAUGUUGAUGACCAAUAGCUACUGUGUAAUGUUAUGUAUGUUCAACCCUGGUGUUGUCAAUCACACAGAAUGGAAUCAAGUUGAUGACCAAUAGCUACUGUGUAAUGUUAUGUAUGUUCAACCCGGGUCUUGUACAUCGCACAGAAUGGAAUCAUGUUGAUGACCAAUAGCUACUGUGUAAUGUUAUGUAUGUUCAACCCUGGUGUUGUCAAUCACACAGAAUGGAAUCAUGUUGAUGACCAAUAGCUACUGUGAAAUGUUAUGUAUGUUCAACCCUGGUGUUGUCAAUCGCACAGAAUGGAAUCAAGUUGAUGACCAAUAGCUACAGUGUAAUGUUAUGUAUGUUCAACCCGGGUCUUGUACAUCGCACAGAAUGGAAUCAUGUUGAUGACCAAUAGCCAUUGUGUAAUGCUGUGUAUAUUCAAUGUAUAGUCUCAUUAUCUUACUUUCCUGAUGACUAGUGUUUACUUACAUGUACCUGUAGUCCGUACUGGACCCCCAAAAUACUCAAUGAUCAAGGGGAAUAAAGGAGAAAAUAAAAAAAGCAAACUAAGAAAAAAAUUGUGAAAUUAUGAUCUUUUCGAAAUACUUUGUUAAAAUCUGUCACAACAAAUUUCGCAACUCUCGAAAUUGUGCCCCGUGUUGUGCCCCCUCAAACUUGUUGGCUAAUUAGUGCGAACCCAAAACCUAGCACACAAUCUUGGGACUUGGGCACUGGUCUACAACACCUUCCAAAAGGCAAGACAAUGGGUAGUCUGAUUGUGAAUAUUCUAUGGCUGCUGUCACACCCGUGAAACCAUUUCCAGACCAAUCAAAGCUCAAUCGUUAUGUUGAAUGGCAUAUCAUCGGUUUCGUUCGUGUGUCUGUAGCAUGGGGUGUUUAUUCUGUAGAGUGUCUGUUGCCAACUCAUUUUCCAUGUCUAGAUUAUUUUGAAAGACACCAAGCACCUUCAGCAGCCGGAGCUAUAGCUGGGGUAGUAGUGCACCAUUAAAUAGGCAAAUAGAUAAUGGUGCCUCAUAAAUGCUUUAUGUUAUUAUUAUUAUCAAUUGAUGAAAUGAAAGAAUAUAAUAAUGGAAAGAAAGAGAUGAUGAACUUGACCUGGAUUUUCAAGGAAUUGUGUUUUUCCCCAUUAAUUAACGCUGAAAGUGGAAGAUUUCAAUUAAUAUUUUUUAGGAGGUUGAUGAUAAUCUUGCAUCAUAAAAACUUGUGUGAUAAUUUUUUUUUGCUUUCAUCAUGAAGGCAGAAAGAGGAAGAUUUUGACCUUGUAUUCCCGAGAAGGUUGAACUAAUAGGCCCGUAUUCUGAAGUCGGGUUUAAAUUAAACCAUGGUCUAACUCUGCUAAAAUUAUGGGAAGCCAAAGAUUAAAAAAAUUCUGCUUAUAUUGUAUAUUUCUUAUAUUUACUAUUUUGUUUCCCUUUGCUUUCAUAAUGAAGAAAAUACUUCAGUUAUCAUUCUGAUACAGUUAUAAAUGAUGUGAGUGCCAUUAGAGUCAAUAAAUUGAACAUGUACUAAAAGAGAUUUGUGCCCAAUUGGCACUCCAUAGUUAAACCACAACUUUAAACCAGGGUUUAAUGUAAACCAGACUUCAGAAUAUGGGCCAUAAUCUCAAUGUAGCAUCAUCUGGAUAAGGUCCUGAUGGGAAAUAAUAAAAGUCCAAUAUGAUUGGUGAGAGAUUUUGGUGAUAUGCUGGGUCUUCCAAAAAUGCAGAGGAUCUUCAAGCCAGAGAAUUACGUAUAUAUCAAAAUCAUUUUCUGCUUAGGAUUAUCUUAUAAAUCUUGCAUUCUGAUUCGUUACAGAUUGAGCAUGCAAUCUUAAACAAACAGGAGUAAUACCGAAAAAUUUCUUUACAAACUUGCUUUUAUCCAAUCAAAUGCUGUAUUGCCAUUAUGUCAGUAGCUUUUAACAGUAUCCACAAUACAAGUUGGUGAUAACAUGCUUUGUGAAAGAGACCCCCGAUCAAUUACUUGUCCUUAAAGGAGAAUGAAACUGGGGCAAGAAGUUAGUAGCUACAAGUACAAAUUUGUCCAAUAUUGAAUAGGGAGGCUGUUCAUGCGUGACAUUAAACAUCUUUUUCACAUUGCUAACGGGGGGGGGGGGGUAUUGGGAUGGGGAUGUUCAUAGCUUAAGUAAACUAAAUAUUUAUGUGCGUCUAAACUCUUAUUAAUUUUUUUUUAUAUUCAAAACAUGCGCAGAAUGUGCAUACCGCUGCAGUUUACUUAUACCAUGGUCACAUUUGCUCUACGGUGGCCGUACGGCGAGUCGAAAACAGCCGUUUUAUUCAUUUUUACUAAAACCACCUUUAUGUAGCUGGUACAAACAAAUGUUAAAACGGCUGUUGUCGACUCGCCGUACGGCCGCCGUAGAACAAAUGAGACCAAGGUAUUAAUGAAUUGACUACGGUAGUACGCGUUUUCUACAGUUAAUGUUUUGAUAUUGAAGAUCGCGCUACAUGUAAGCCGAAAUCGUUUGAUUGUUUAUACGUAGAAAAAACAUUCCCCAGAUAUGCAUGUAGGAUAUGGACUAUGUGAAUGUUCAAUUUAUUUAUUGACCUUGUAAUUCUGAUUGAUAGUGGUCUGUUUAGUGUUUACACUGCAAAAACUCUCAUUGGUGUUGAUUUAACACCAGACCGGAAUAUAUAUAUGUACGCACCAGAGAAGUAUUGAAACAACACCAGUUUGGAAUCAAACCGAUGCUGUUUUAAUACUAAUUGGUGUUGUAUAUACACCUAUCUGGUGUUAGACCAAAAACCAAACUGGUCUUGUUUAACACUUCUCUGGUGUGGAAAUAUAUAGAUUCCAGACUGGUGUUAAAUCAAGACCGGAGUUUUGGAGUGUACAACCAAAGGAAUUGAUUUCAUCACCCUUGGUUGAAAUUGAUUGAGCAUUUCUCAGAUACAUGUAGUGUGAUACCACAUGGUCUCCAAACUCAUUUGGUCUCCCAUUCAAUUGGUCUAAUUGCCAUUUGGUCUACACUACUCUCGGUUUAAUUCCCACUUAGUCCAAUUCUCAUUUAGUCUUAUUGGUCUAAUUUCUUCUUUAUCUCAUUAUUUUAGACAAUGUGAACAUGUGAUUCAUAAACAAUUAAUCUAACCAUAUAGACUAAAUGGUAUUAGACGAAAUGGGUAGAGCCUAACUGGACAUAAGACAAAAUGGUCAGUAGAAGAACUGUUUAUAGCUGACCUAGGAUUAGACCAAUUGGGAGUAGACCAAAUGGAACGGAGACGAAGCAGGUGUAGACCAAUUGGCAAUUUACCCAUACAUUAUGUGGACAUAGAACAAUGAUUUGUUGAGACACAAUGUGUUAAUGGGACUCGUAGACUAUUUUGUUAAGGAUAACAUUACACAAGGGCUGGGGGCAAUUUAAAGGGGAAUCCAGCCUUGGCCAUAAAAUGUUGCGUUGGGAAGGAGAAAAAUAAAUUAAACAGAAUGGUGAAAGUUUGAAAGAAAUCGGACAAGCAAUAAGAAAGUUAUAGCUGCUUUAAAAUUGAGAUCACUAAUACUAUGUGGAUUUCAAAUUGGCAACUGGGUAAGUAAAUUAUGACAAGGGGCAAGGACAACUUUCCCAUAGGCCAUGUACUUUAUUAUCAGGGAUUUGUGGUUUUCUCCUAAGUACCCAUUCCCCUGGGGCAGUAAUCUAAAUAUAACCCAGGAAGUAUAUUGUUUUAUGUCCUCAUGAAAGAAAAAUAUAAUUUGAAAUAAAACUUUUGGGAAAAAUGAAAUUUUAGCCAUAAUAUGUAUUGGAGUACAUGGAAGAGUAGUCCUUGCCUUACAUCACUAUGACAUCCCAUAUGCGGCCAAUUUGAAGUCUCCAUGGGUAUAGUGAUUACCAAUAUUUACAACUUUUAAAAAUUCAUAACUUUCUUGUUGUUUGUCCAAUAUUGUUCAAACUUUCACCUAUUAACUUGUCUGAUUUUUCUUUUCCUUAUAAAAACAAGUUUUUAUUUGGGUUGGAUUCCCCUUUAACCCAUGAAAUGCUCAAAAGAGCCAUGGAAAACUGAAAAAGGAGUCCUGGGCCCGUCUACCAAAGAGUUGCAAUUGAUCCAAUCAAUCACAACUAUGGACGGCCAGUAUCGUCAACAUCUCUUCUAAAUGCAUGUUGUUUUUUUCAAAAUAUUUUCUAACUAUGAAUGUAUAUUCAUGCAUUCAUUGCUUUCUUGAAAAUUCACUGUGCUUCUCUUUGUUUACAAAGGACAUUGUUCAAAUUUCCUGUCGAAUAAAUUAUGACACUGAUAGAUUUCCAUAGAGUUACAAUUGAUUGGAUCAAUCGUAGCUCUUUGUAAGAUGGGGCCCUGGAAAUCCCUAUUCCUUGCAAUGUCAAAGUUUAUCUAAUGUUACAGAUUUAGGUAUUAAGCCAUGAAAAGUAGCCCUCAGAAAAUUAUUUUCCUUUGGCCUGCUGAGUGUACACAAAGUACAUGGACGAAUGUCAAGUUAUCAUGCCAGUUAGAGAGGUGCCCAUGUAAUGGAGGAAAAGUAGUGGUAUACUAAUGUACAUACAUGUAUUAUGUAUAUUGUAUAAUUUCAAUAAUCAUUGAUUCGAUAAAUAUAUAACAGAGAAUUUAUCCGUAAUAAGGAA